GUAGUCAGGUCUUUGUUUCCAAUGCAGUAUUUUGGUGUUUGAUGCUGGAUCUUUGAUGAGCAAAGCCAAUAACUCUCAAAUAUUUAAUUAUAUUCCGAACUUAAUCUAUUAAUGCGGAUAUUGCUUGCUGGGGCUGAUAUGUAAAUGGAAACUAUUAAUACCAAAGGCUUUCAUUUCCUGAUAUUUAUUUCCUGAUAUGAACAGAUCUUUUAAUUAAUCACACACAGAAAUGCAGCUGAUGAGACAAUAAUGCUCUUCUACAGUAAUAGAACAAUAUACUAGUCUGCUACUAUAUUAUUCUCUUACAAUUACCUAUAUAUUAUUCUUUCAGGUGUUAUAUAUUAUACACACACACGUAUAUAUAUUGAUAGGCAGGGUGUGGUCUACUCUAGAACUAUGCUACAUUGGAGCUUAUAAACAAAACAACAACUUUUUUUACUGGGCCAAUUAAUAAGCGUGAAGUCACGAGCAUUGUUUUAAUCCCUCAUCCAGAGAUAGAUUUAAUCCUUCACAAUCUAAACCGUGUUUAUUAUAGACGGUGUUAUUGUAGGCACCGUGUACUGUACCAAAUGUCAUAUGUCAUGUACCAUAUGUCAUGUACCAUAUGCCAUAUUAGUCCUUUAGUGUGUUAACUGCAGGAAUUUCAUUAUAGUCACAUUUAGAUCUUUAAGGUCAGGAUACAAAGGGAACUUGAUCCUGUGUAUAGUGUAUCUCCGAGUUAAAAAUCACACGCUUCACACACGCUACAGGGCUGAAGCAGAACACUAGCUUACUUUAUAGUGUGUCACAAACGCUCGUGCUAUGUAAAUAUGUGUAUUGUGUGUAACAUACUUUUUAGUAGGCAAGUGUGCAGCAGCUCAGGAAGCCCCGCCCACCUGGACCUCCCUCUGAUAGUCAACAAGGCAACUGGGGUUUGUCUCAGUCUAUUGUGCGGUAACGGCUGGUUAUUGUGUACAGAGCUGUUCCUCAACCAGGAAUCACCAAAGGCUCGUUAAAUCCUACUAAAUAUUUAUUUAAAUAGAUGUUAAAAAUCAUUUUUUCAGUAGCUGGGAGUUUACAUUAGUGUCUGUUUUAUCUUUUGUUUCUCUGAGAGGAAACUGUAAUAUUGGCCUCAUGAACAGGACAUAAACAUGAAAUAAAACAAGGUCCUUCAGCAUGGCUCCGACUGACCCCAUUCUCCUGGAGGACGCUCUUCACUUUUAGUUGCUCGGUGAUACCAUGAAUCUUUGCACAAGAUGACCGACUUAAAAAAUGAGUAUAUAAAGAAAAAUGGAAAUCAUGUGGACAAAACACUGGAUUGGACCUACAUCGAAUGGCAUGAUGGGGAAAUGGCUAAAACUGUGGAUGCACAUACCCAAACAUCUGGUGAACCAACCGUGGACAAAGAAACCCAAACGAGCUAUCCAUUCUUAUUGCGGUUCGAGCUGUCUAGGACACCCUCCAGACUGAGAUGUGGCUCGGUAAGCGAGGUGGAAGCCAUGCCCACGCCGCUAUUUCAGUUUGACAGGCAGGCGCCUGCUCGCAUCUCCACAUCUCCCACUCUGAGGAGGAUGAGGAGCACCAGGAUUCCUUCCCGUGAUGCAGGGAGAAUAGGCAGUACUCAAGAGGAGCCUGGUGUGAGUGAGUCUCCAUUGCCAAGGAGCCCUGUGUCACCUGCACAUCGUCAGAAAUCUCCCCUUGCUAUCAUUGAGAACCAGUCUAAUGAGGACGGUCACUGGAACGGCCACUCUUAUGACUCUGUGGCUCCUGGGAACGUCAGGUCUUAUAGAUCAAAGACAAUUAGUAGCAGUAGCCAUCACUUGAAGCAGGAGUUUUUGAGUGUGAAUGAAAACACUGAUACUGAUGAUGAUACUGGAGAGGUGAAAGAGCCGAGUCAUAAAAGCAGGCUGCAGGAAAGAAGGCGAAGCUCUGUGGUCGUCACUCUUCCAGGACUGGACGUUUCUCCCGGUGAUCUUUUUGUUUCCAAUGAUGCUGUCGAUAUUUUAAACCACUCCACGUUUUCAGAUAUGAAGAAAUCAAAGUGGCCUUUCUCAAAACGUACAACGAAUAAAGGCAGGACACGCACAGCUGCAGACAUUGAAAAAUGUCUCACAGCCAUUCACAUCCAGGAGUGGAGAAACACACAUUUUCAACAGUACAAGGAUUUGGCUUUAGAGGAGUUUCUGAGAAGUCACCCAGAGCUGAGGGUAGAAGAAGAGCCAAAAGCACACAAAAGACAGGAGGCACUCUGGGAGCUCUUCACCAGCGAGUGUGUGUACUUCCUAGACCAGUUAAUGGUGUUGAAAGAGGUAUUUCUGACUCCUCUGUCUGAUCUGCAGAUGAGGGAUUGUCUACAAGAUAUUGAAUCUUGGGCACUGUUUGGAAACCUCAAUGAGCUGUGCCUGGUUAGCUUUGGCUUCCUGACCAGUCUACUGCAUGUGAUUAAAGAGCUGUGGGCCACUCCAGAGCCUGCAGACAACAAUAACACACAGGCCCUGAUGGCCAUUCUCAAAAAGGCUUUUGGUGAGAGCAUCUGUCACUGUCUACAGAAAUACUGUCUGAACUACAGUAAAGCCAUCCUCCAUUUGGACACCCUGAAAGCCAGGGAGGACUUCAGUACUUAUCUGAAGUGGUGCGAGAGGAACGAACAGUGCCGUAGGCUGCAGUUAAGGGAUCUUCUAGUGAGUCCUUUGCAGAGGUUCACACGAUACCCUCUCAUCCUGAAGAACAUGGAGAAGAGGAGCUGCACAGAAGCAGAGGAAAGCGCUUUACAGAGCGUAGUGGAGCUGGUGGACAAAGCCAUAUAUGAUCUGGAGGGGAAGGUGAAGUGGUUGGAUAACUAUCAGAAAGUUAAUCAGCUGAAGGAAGCCUUGAUUUGGCUCCCAGUGUGGGAAAGAGAAAAGAGAGCACAUGUUCCAGAGAAUCUGAAACACUUGCUGAAAGCUGUGACUUUGGAAAACUUGGUCUCUCAGCGUAGUCUCCGAUACGAAGGGAAGCUCACACUCACAGAGAAUUCCAAGCCGAAUGAUGUUUACCUGUUUCUGUUUGACGAAUUCCUCCUCAUCACCAAGGUCAAACGAACUAAAAAGAAGUCUGUUGUUGGGGAGGUUCUCCCUGUGCGCUCUGCGGCUGGUCAGGAGCUAGAGCAGUUACUGCAGGAGGGCUGCAGCUUCACCGUGCUCGAUCAACCCAUCUCACUGGAUCGCCUGCAGCUCAGGAACAUAGACCAGCUUAAUGCUACAGCCUCUGGUCUACCCUGUUCAUUUAUUAUAAUGCACCAGAAUCGCUAUCAGCAGUGCAUCGGCGUGUUCAUUCUGCAGGCCCCGAGCGAGUCCGUUAAGAAAGCAUGGCUGUCUGAGAUCGAGGAGGCAGUCUGUGCUCUGCUGAAGCGGGACUCUCAGCAGCCUCGGCUGAAGAGCUCGUCUCUCUUUGUGGAGUCUUCUCAGAUCUAACUCACAUGACCAUUAGAGCAGGCGGCCCACAUCAAUACUACUGUCUGACAACAUCACAUGAUCAGGACUAAUAAUAUGGGUUUCUAAUUGACUGGCCAAGGUCCCAGCAUGGCUGUAGAGUCCUACAUCUGACCUUCAGAUCCAUGUAAAGGUUUAUUCAGGUCAGGCAGCAGUGUCACAAAUGACAUAAGUACAAAGCUGUAAUGCAAACGGAACUGUUGCUGUAGCCUGACACCCACUGAAAACUAAACGUGCCACAGGAGUGGAAAAUUACGGCUCUGAAAUUCAGCCAAAAUGGACUAUGCUUCUUUGAGAUGUAGAUUAGUAGUUUGUGUUGUUUUGUUUUUUUUAAUUAAAGUUUCCUUUGAAACUGAAA